CCACGCCUUCUUUUUUAAAUCCGCGGGUAGGUGAUCGUGAAAGAGGCUCUCUUCUUUUUCUAAAUAAUUCUCGAAAUAAUCCUUAUCUCCUUUAAAGCAUGGCUCAUCAUCUGUCAGAAAAAGAUAAACUUGGUUCAGCCUCUAGCCUCUCAAAACCCCUCAAAGAAUUUGUGACGAAUCCAGACACAAAAAAGAGAUACGAAAAGGGAAGAUUCCUAGGAAAGGGUGGGUUUGCUAAAUGUUAUGAGCUGAUAUGCGAAGAAACUGGAACAGUAUAUGCUGGUAAGAUUGUCGCUAAAGAACUCCUCGUCAAACCUCAUCAGAAAGAAAAGAUGACUCAAGAGAUUGAGAUCCACAGGAGCCUGUCACAUAAGCAUGUAGUUGGGUUUCACGGAUUUUUUGACGAUUCAAACAACGUGUACAUACUUUUAGAACUCUGCAAGAGAAGAUCGUUGAUGGAGUUACAUAAAAGAAGAAAAGCUCUGACUGAGCCUGAAGUACGCUAUCUCUUCAGACAGACUGUAUUAGCAGUUGAUUACCUUCAUGAUGUCAAAGUUAUUCAUCGUGACCUUAAGCUUGGUAACCUUUUCCUCAACGAUGACAUUGAAAUUAAACUGGGAGACUUUGGACUAGCUACUCGUCUUGAGGAAGAUGGAGAAAGAAAAAAGACAUUGUGUGGUACUCCUAAUUACAUUGCCCCUGAAGUUCUCACGAAGAAAGGUCACAGUUAUGAAGUAGACAUAUGGUCACUUGGCUGUAUAUUAUACACACUUCUUGUCGGUAAACCUCCAUUUGAGACAAAAACCCUAAAAGACACAUAUCAACGCAUCAAGAGAAACGAGUACCACAUUCCUCAUUACGUUGGACCUGAGGCAAGAACGCUAAUAUCGAACUUGCUCCGUCCUAAUCCAGCGAACAGACCAACGGCCGCUGAAAUACUCAAAGAUCCUUUCUUCACAUGUGGACACAUGCCUGUCCGACUACCUGUCAGUUGUCUGACGACUACCCCUCAUUUCAAGAAAGCUGCCGAGUCAGCAGUGAGCGGUCGUAAGCCGUUAUCCGAUCGUAAUCCAAUGACAGAUGCUAUGGAUACUGCUGGAGGCGUGUUGAAGCCAGGGGGCGGGGCCACAGCCACUCAUUUUGUUGAAAAGAUACAAGGUUCUGAGGACUGGCACUUAAAUAGCCUACUGUUACAACUCUCAUCUUGUUUGACCUCAUGUCCUUCUACCAAGAACCCAGCACAUUAUGAUGAGGCUGAAGAUCCUGCUAGCAUGCCAGUGUUCUGGAUAUGCAAGUGGGUGGACUACACUGAUAAGUAUGGACUGGGAUAUCAGCUCUGUGAUAACAGCAUUGGUGUUCUCUUCAAUGACUUCUCUAAACUAUUACUAGGAGCUGAUGGAGAGAGCAUGCAGCACAUAUCACAAAAUAUGACGGAGCAGUUCCUGACACUGAGCCAGUAUCCUGAAUCAAUGCACAAGAAAGUGACACUCAUCAAAUACUUCAGAGACUACAUGUCUGAGCACUUACUAAAAGCUGGAGGCUCUGUAGGAGAGAGAGAGAUUGAUGAUGGAGUCCGUCUUCCUUUCCUUAGAGCAUGGUCCAGAACAAGAUCAGCUAUUGUGUUCCAUUUAUCUAAUGGGACUCUACAGAUAAACUUCUUUCAAGACCACACUAAGAUUAUAAUAUGUCCACUGAUGCAAGCAGUAACGUAUAUUGAUGAACAAAAGUCAGUUCGUACCUACACACUUGAGGGCAUUGAGAAGUUUGGAUGCUCCAAGGAGCUGGCCAGUCGUCUAAAAUAUGCCAGAACAAUGGCAGAGAAACUUGUAGAGAAACUUGAUACGAAAAGCUCUUCGUCUAAGCCACACCAACCAACUUUACCAUCAGUGCCCAUGCAUGCUUAAUGUAGCAUUACAACUUAUUCUUACAUGAUUAUUACUGAUAUUAUACGUGUUGUGUCUUCCUGUUGUAGCAGACAACUAAACUAUAUUUAAUAAUUCUUGUUGUCCAUGUAUAAUUGUUUGUCAUCACAUAAGUUUGCUCAAAAUAAAAUGAGACUGUUAAUUAAAAAUGAA